CCGAAAGCAUGGAAAAAUCCUUUGAGUCUCCGUCUCCAUCUUGCAGAGGCAGAUCCAAGAAGAAGCUUCAUCUCCGAAGCUCUGAAGUUGAAUCGCCAGAUUCAGUUCAACUGAGCUCCAAGACGCCGGAGAAGAAGACACUGCAGCGCACGCGCAAUCGCGGCGUUGCGCUCUCCGUCGCGGAAAUCAGGAAGGUCGCUGAGCGCUUGCAAGAUCGGAAGCAAUGCAAUGAUACGACUUCGUCGCAGGUUAAAUCUGCUAGGAGGCAAAUUUCUUUGCCUUCCCCUAGUAAACCCAAGACUACUUCUGAUGAAUCACUCAAGCUACCCGAAAAGUAUGAAAUUUUGGGAGAGUUCUUCAACAACUUGGAUAGUUCGAUUCGAUUAUUGCGUUUGAAGGGAUCGAUGCCGUCCUUUACAAAUAUCAGUCCCAAGAUUGAAUGUUUAACUGAUAGGAGGUUUACGCAUGGCCAUCUGGCCCAGAUGAAAUUUGUCUUACCCGAGGCUAUUGUUAUUAAGAAGGUGUUGGUGUUUGAUGAACGGACAAGUUGUAUGAAGCCGGAUCUUCAUGUUACUAUAAAUCCUGAUGCGGUGGAAUCUGACGCAAAGGCGUUGCCUCAAUGCGGGAGUGUGUCGCUCAGGAAGUUGUUUCGCACACGGCUCAGAGAUUUUUGUAAAUCUCAUCCUGAGGGUGAUGAAAUUCCAGAGGAAACACUGCCUGAGCCAUUCAAUCACCCAAAGAAAGACAGUAUAUUGGACAUGUUGAAAACACGGUCCUCAUCUCUGGCUACAGGGACAUUAUCUGAUGCAUGUGAAGCUCAUUCUCCAGCAAUUUUGACUCCAUGUAUGAAGAAUAAUGACGUUGCCAAUGAUGCAGAACCUGGUAGCAUAGAAGAAAAUUUGUCAGUGCCUAUCACGACAUCGGCUGAAUUGCUUUACCAGCAGCCGGCAAUAGCCUCUCAUGUGCCUCAAUCUUUUCGAAGGCAAUUUUCUCAGAAAUGUAAAGCGAAUGGAGCAGAUAACGUACAGCAAAAGUCUCCUUUAGAUUCAUUACCACCCCUGGCCUUUUCAGUUUCAGUGUCUAGCCCGAAGAAAAAUCCGUCUGUUGAUGGUACUAAAUCUCAUCUGAGAGCUUUCCCAUCUAAGUUGGCUUCGGAAACAACUAGUAGUGGAAGGUGUAUAGCUAUGUGUGCCUCUUUGGAAUCAUCCAAUGCUCCCCCUUGUACUCCAAGCAAAACCAUUGAGCAUAAAGAAAACAAAGAUGGGUCUCUCGAAAGCAUUGAUGCCAUGUCAACUCCAGCUAAAUUUAUUUCUACUCCGUCCAGGUUGAUGACUGCCACACCUGCCUUGCCUUCACCCAAAAGACAUUAUAUGAGCCCAAAUGACAACUCUACUAGUUCUUUGAACAAGUUAGUUAGGCGUCCACCUCGUUCUAGGUCAUUGAAAUUUGACUCUCCAGUGAAGAAUAAAGAGACUGUGAAUGAAGACACUGCUGGUGCCUUACCAAUAGAUGAUGAUGUUUUUGAAAUUCUCCCAGAAAAUCUUAUAAAAUCGAUUAGGGAAAAAGAAAAAAUGGCAAUGGAGGAAAGAGAUCCUGCUAUCUCACAAGCAAAGAGACGGAAAAAAAUUAUUGCCAGCCUACCUAAGCUGUUUAACAUGAUUCACCUCUUGUUUCACAAGCGUUCUGUUAUCACUAAAGAGGAGCUUGUGAGCAAGAUAAUCUCAAACCACUGUGAUAUUGUUGACAGAAGUGAAGUUGAAGAACAGAUGAAUUUGUUGCAAGAACUAGUACCUGAAUGGAUUUCUGAGAAGUUGGCCUCUAGUGGGGAUUUCCUAGUCUGCAUAAAUAAAAUGUUGAACCCUGAAACUGUACGAGCAUCACUUGAAGAAGCAAAGUGAGCAAGGAGACAAAUUUAUUUAAAAGUACUUGUAGAGGUUUAUGAAGCCCAUGAUGAAAAUUGUCUUUUGGGCUGCUUGUAGAUGUUCAAUUUAUUUUGUCGUGGGUUUCUUGUAGCUGUUCAAUCUAUUUUCUUCUGGGUAAAUUCAUGAGAGGCAAUAUUGCAAAUCUACUCUUCUUUGUACAUUGUAAGUAUCACAUUACAGUCAGUCCAUGAAAUAUAAAUCAGAGGCAACCGCCUUCAUUUACCUAGGGUGGAUUGGCAAUGGCAAUGCUUUUUGUACAUAAGAUAUCAAUUAUCCUAAUUUAACAUAAUCAAUAUUUAUUUCUUACUAGUUUAUGGCGCAGUUGACUUUAUGAUUCUUGGUAAUUGCUAUUUUUUUUAAAUUUAUCUUAAAUGUAUUUAAAUGAUUUUCUUCACGUUUGGGGUGAAUUCCUGAAGGGGAGUAAUCAUUGGUCACAUUGAAAUUCUUUCAUCAAACUCAGAUGCAGACAAAUCUGGAUGUCUCUGAAACAUGAGACUUUUCCUUUUUAGUUGAAAAUUGAAAAGGAGUAUUAUCAAAGCCCACACAAAUUGAUAACAAUUUAAGACUAAUUGAAUGAUAAAAGUUUGUAGAUAAAAUAAUAUGAUAAAAAAAUUAAAUUGCCGUUUUUUCUAGACCAAUAUUCUAUUCAUGAGGGCUCAUAAUUCAUUAGAAGUUACAUUUUAUAAUACAGUGAAGUUCUCAUAGUCAUAAAGCAGAAAUCAGAUUAUUGCCAGAAUAAUCUUUUUCAUAACUGGGCUUAUAGCUUUGCCAUAUUCUUCUUUCAAUAUAUGUUAAUUGGUUUCCUGUAUUACGUUCCUUGGUGGCACCUCUUGCUCAGCUGAUGUCUCUGUAUGCAUCACACUUUCUUUCUGCUCAACAUGUGUUGGAAUAGAUUGUUGGGACUUAUAAUCUUGAUCACUUUCUUUUCCCCAUAAUAGCAAGUACAGACCAAUUAUAACAAUGACUACUCCCAAUAAACUGAAACAGCCAAACAUUUUUCAGAACUGUAGAAACAAUGGGCUCAAUUGUGCUUAAAAAGAGAAAUAUAGCGUACCUGCCAGUAUGUAGUUGUUCCCCAAAAACCAAAUAUGCUAGGAUUGCCACCAAAAUUGUUCCAAGGGGACUAAACAUACUCACAAAGACUGGCCCUUUUCGUUCCGUGGUCCAGAACUGACUGAAGAUAAUAAAACCCCCACAUAUGACUCCCUGCCAUUAAUCAAGUGUGAUUCUGUUAGGAUUUUAUUUAAAAUUGAUUUUACUUUUUAAUUUCAGCCUCUUAAUUCUAUACUUACUGCAUAUAAAAUGCAAAAGAUUUCAAUAGUGGAUGUGAUGAACCAUGCUGUAGGUUUGUCUUGCACAAGUACAGUAAAGACAGCAGACUGUGCUGCACCCAUGCAAUUUAUCCAUACUGUUAGCGACAGUUGUGCUGGAUAUUUCUUCACUACAAUUGCCUACAAGCCAAGCAAGUAAUGCUAUUUAUGGGUUGGGGAGCUGAAGUUGUGAUGAUAUUACUCAAUUAUAGAUAAAUAAAAAAAUGCAAGUAACACACUCUUUUAAAUACACUAUUUGGUAUUUACUUUGUUAAUUAACAACUUUUUUAAAUUUCUUUGACCUUUUUAAAAAAUUGAAUAAUUACAUGAAGUAUAUUAAAAAUUAUAUUAAAUAGUGUGCUGUUAGCAUUUCUCUAAAUAAAUAUACCUGCAGUAUGUACCAUAAAGACCAUGACAUGCAACUUGCAAUAGUCAAAAUUGAUCCUUUAAUCCAGUUAUUAUGAACCAAUUUGCCUUUGAUAUGCAACGGGGCACCCUGUAAGCUUUGUAUCGUAUGCCCUUUGUACAAAGUCAUUAUCAAGGCACCAACCAAUGAUAAUACAGUUCCUAAAAUUUUGGCCAGCCCAUGAGGCUUCUUCACAUCAACAGCCUCUAGCCUGUUUAAAAGAAUCAUGAACAAAAUAGUCAAAUGCAGAACUCUUGUUUUGUAGUGAGACUUAGAUUAUUUAACAAAAUAUUAUCAGUGUUGAAAACAAACUAACUUGAGCUACUCACCUGAGUCCAACUGCGAUUAUAAAUGUAAGAGAUGAUAUUGCGUUAAUCAUCGAUGCUGCAAAGGAAGGAGUGGUAUAUUUCAAACUUGCAAAAAACAUGUUCACGGCAAGACUAACCCUGUUUUUCAUAGUGAAGGAAAGUAAAGAGCAAUGUAAGUUUCUUCAUAAUUUGAUUACUAAUGUAUUUAUGUUAAAAAAAUGUCACUUGAGGACAAUACCCGAAGAGGGAAAGAAAAAAUAGCUCCAUGAGCAUUGUCAUCGUCAAUUUUGGCCAUACUUUUCUGCAAAGAAGGAAAUCAGAUAUAAUGAAGUCGACACUUGGAAAGUGAAAAUGGUUCUUCUAGCAUAACUGAAUCAAGGAAAUCAGAGCAUAUGUUACUUUAAUCAACAUACAAUGUCGUUGGUCUAGCAUGAGUACUUUUACAUGUGCAUAAAUUGCAGCACUGGAAUAAAGUAAAGAUAUGUAGUAUCAAGUAUCCACUAAAAUCGUUUUCACAAAACUUUUAGUAGGUGGAUAUAAGAUGUACCUUUCAAGAACAUAAGCAAAAGGAAGCACAACUAUGCCCCCAACAGCAUGCCGAUAAGUAACAAAGACAUGAGGGUUCAUCCCUUUGUUUAAUGAAGCCUCUACUAGGAAAUAGAGAAAAGAAAGAGAUAUCUGAACAAGAACCAUGAUAAGGUGAGGCUUGAAUUUCCUAUACAUCACCCCAAAUGCACAUUCACUGUUAGACAUAGCUUAAGAAUUUUGUGCUAAACUUGGCUUCUCCUUGAUUGAUUGUGAAGUUGGGAUGCAAACUCCUAGGUUUAUAUAUACAGAUGGAAGAUCUUUUUCCUCAUAUUCUUGCAUAUUAGCCUCAACUUCUAAAGGAAACUGACUUGGAAAGCUGAUGACUGACUGGAUCAAAUACCUUAUAAUAGUUAGUUGAAAGUAAUACACAUGGAAUACAACAUAAUAUCACAGAUAUUAGUUAGCUUCGAUCAUUGUUUUAGACUUCAAUCUCCAACCACAAUUGUGGUUGCAUCAACAGCAUUUAUCCGCAAUCUUCCACAAUAUCAAGAAUCGUGACAUGUCUGUGACUGCAACCACAAUUUAAACACAUGCUGUGAUUCUUUCACCUACACCCUAACUUCUAUCUAUAUACCGUCUAGGAGUAAGUCUUUUCUUGACAAGACUAAUUUCCUCAAAGGGACCUAAUUAAAAUCUAAAAUUAUUACUAUAUCCUUCAAAAUGAUUGACAUCAUUUUAAAUAUAUUUAUAAGGGUAUCACUAACCGGUACCGUUAGUACACUGGUUAAAGCAAUUGAAAAUGAUAAGUUUUUACUGAAACUUACGUUAGAUUGCUUUGAAAAUCACAAUAGAAAGUAUAUUUAUUAUAUUUCUUACAAGAUUUUCACUUUUGGUUCAUUAACCGGUGCUCUAAGGGAGCAGUAGUUAGCAUUUGCCAAUUUAUCCUCUCAGAGAACUAAUUCUUAAACAGGUAGGGAGAAAAAGAUGAAUAAAAUUCAAAAUGUUUAAAACUGUCGCUAGUAGGACACAGAAAUUGUACACGUUCUACUUAGUGUACAUACAACAAUAUUGACCCGUUGCACCUUUUCCUUUUUCAUUUUUUUUAUUAUUUCUUUCCCCUUCCCCCUUAUUCUUUGGUAAAAUCUUGUCAUGAAAUGAAUUUCAUAGUACGGUGACAUGCUGGAAAUUCUUCAGAAAAAAAGAAAGAAAAAAAGUCCUUUUGUAUGUCUCUUGGUUCAAGUGUAUUACCAUUACCUAUUGAGCCGUAUUUUAUGUGAAGCAAAAGAUAUUUUAUGCCCAGAAUAUUACUUAUUUCCUAAGUCUAAGGUAUAGACGGGGUAGAGGAACU